AUGUCAGAACCAAUCAUCUUCUACGACAUACCCAGCAUAAAUGUUGGGACUUGGUCACCCUACACCUUGAGGACGAGAUACGUGCUCAACAUCAAGGGUCUCCCGUACACGACUGUGUGGGUCGAAUUCCCCGACAUCGCAGCAGUCUCGAGGAAGAUCGGCGCCCUCCCGACGCAGGAGGGACCGGAUGGCUCGCCCAUAUACACCCUUCCCGCGAUCUACGACCCGAACACGAAGAGUGCGAUUUCUGAGUCGGCCGCGAUCGCGCGGUACCUAGAGAAGACGUACCCCAACUUUAAGCCAACGCUCAUCCCGCCGGAGACAGACGCGCUGCAUGCCGCGUUCGAGGCGGUGUUCUGGAAGACACUUUGGCCGGACCUCAGGCAGAUCAUGCUCCCCCCGACGAAUGCGCUGCUGAACCCGAGGAGCGCGGAGUACUUCCGUAGGACACGCGAGGCGAUGGAUGGGGAGAAGCUUGAGGAUUGGACGCCAGCUGGGAGUGAGAAGCGCGAGCGGCACUGGAGGGGCGUCGAGAGGGCUCUGGACACGUUUGCUGAGUGGCUUGGCACCUAUGGGAACCGGGAGAAGCUGUUCUUCACGGGCGUCGACAUCUCGUACGCGGACAUCACUGUGGCAUCGUUCUUGAUCUGGAUUGAGAGGGUUCUCGGGAAGGAUAGCAAGGAGUGGCAAGACGUCCUGAGAUGGAAUAAUGGGCGCUGGGCGAGGUUCAUGGACGCAUUCAGGAAGUACGAGGCCGUUGACGUUGGCGUUGAUGCGGAGGUGUAG